AAGGAGUCAAACUUACGUCCCUCGAUCGCAACCUCCUACCCGAGCACGCGAAACGACGCAGUGGAAAUCGACGAAGCCACUCCCUCCGAUCGAUCCCCGGUUGUCCUCCCGUCGGUCGACGACUUGCUCUCUCUCACCAUCGUCUUGCUUUCGUCUCUCUUGGCUGGUAGAAUGAAGCGAGUGAAGUCCGAUUUGAAUCCUCAUGCCGCUCCUUAUAUACCUCGUUCAAAACUUUUUUCUGGAACAAUAUACAAGUCUGCAGAAAUGGCAAUUAGUCCUGCAAAAUACAAGGCUACUAAGAAGCCUAUGGAAUAUCAGCUUCCAAACUCCUUGAACUAUGACACUAAGGACUUUGAAAGACUUAAUCUUUCUAGUGAAUUGGCCUCAAAAAUUGGCCAGCACAACUAUUCGGAUAACACUUUUCAAGAUGAAAGUAGUGGAUGGGAUGCUUCCUAUGUGAAACUGGAUCCUCUUUCAUCAACGUUUCCUGAUAUUUCUGUGGAAUAUCUAGCUGCUAUUCUUGCUGCAAACCAGGGUGAUCUCCGGGAGACAAUUGAUGUCCUGCAGGAGUUUAAGUAUGAAGGUGAUGGAUCCGAGUACUAUAUCGAAGCUGCCAAGACCAGCAACAGUUUCAAUCUUACUUCUCUGCAAGCCAGUUGCACUAUUGAAGGUGCUGAUACUGGCAACAGAUUUGAUCUUGCAUCUCAGAAGACCGGCAACAACUAUUCGGAUAACACUUUUCAAGAUAAAAGUAGUGGAUGGGAUGCUUCCUAUGUGAAACUGGAUCCUCUUUCAUCAAUGUUUCCUGAUAUUUCUGUGGAAUAUCUAGCUGCUAUUCUUGCUGCAAACCAGGGUGAUCUCCGGGAGACAAUUGAUGUCCUGCAGGAGUUUAAGUAUGAAGGUGAUGGAUCCGAGUACUAUAUCGAAGCUGCCAAGACCAGCAACAGUUGCGAUCUUACUUCUCUGCAAGCCAGUUGCACUAUUGAAGGUGCUGAGACCGGCAACAGAUUUGAUCUUGCAUCUCAGAAGACCAGGUCAAGCAAGUAGGACAAAUGAUUGGAGUUUCCGAUCCGAUCAUAUUAGUUGGGUUACACUUGGGACAUGAAUCUUGUAUAGAUAGAUAUACUUUUUAUUUUUGGUUAAUUCGACGGUUGAUAAAAUACUAGGGUUUUAACCUUUUGCUUGUGGUUUACAUAAUAGUUGUAGGUGAAUCUUGCACAGUAAUCUCAAAUUUCCUGGCUUUUCACAAAGCCAACCUGCUCGGUUAGUUGUAUUUUGUGGUCGUACUCUCUGUGAUUCAGAAUGCAGUCUCUCUUUCCCGUUC